AUGGAGAAUGAAUCAAAUAACUUGGACCAACAGGAAUCAAGUAACUGGGAAUCAGAUAACUGGAGUAUACAAGAAGAAUCAAAUGAUUGGGAAUCGAAUGAGCAUGAAUAUCAACAAAAUAACUGGGAACCGAAUGAGCAUGAACAAGAAGAGAAUAACUCGGAAGCAAAUGAAGAACAAUCCCAUAAUUGGGAAUCAGAAAGCUGGAAUGAAUCAGAAAAUUGGAACGAGUAUGAAUACAAUAACUGGGAUGAGCAGGAACAAGAUUACAAUGAAUGGGAUGGUACCUUCAAAGAUGUUUACCGUUGCUACCCUCUCUCUGCUAUUGAUAAGAUAAAUCUUGAAAAUGGUGGUAAAAUUAUCAUGCCCCCUUCAGCUCUGAGUCUACUAAUGUAUUUGGAGAUAGAGUAUCCUAUGUUAUUUGAGCUGACAAAUCCCUCUACUGAGAAAGUUACUCACUGUGGAGUUCAAGAAUUCACUGCUGAUGAGGGGAACAUGUAUAUGCCCAAAUGGAUGAUGGAAAACAUGAACCUAGAAGAGGGAAGCAAUGUGAAUGUGAGAAGCAUCCAACUUCCAACAGGAACAUUUGUGAAGUUGCAACCUCACACUAAAGACUUCUUGGAAAUGUCCAAUCCAAAAGCUGUGUAUGAAUUGUCACCAUAUAAUCUUUCACAAAUCUCAUAA